UGAAUAUUGGGACUAUGACACUGACCUGAGACUGAGGACUGUAAUUUAUAGAACUCUAACUUAACUCUUACAAAUAUUACAAGCAACUGGGGUGUAAUUGGAAAACAAUCAAGAUGAAGGGAAAAGAAUGGAUCCUGUUCAUAAUAAGUGUCAUUCUUCAAAUUCCAUUAAAAACUGCUGGUGUAACAUGUGGAAUAUCAACAAUGGUUCCUUUAAAAAACACCCUGGGAACCUCAACUAGUGUUAGUGAAACAUCAGAAACUGCAGUUGUUACGUGUUCAACAUCACCAAGUUCCUCUGCUGGAACAGAUGCAGGAACAACACUGGGAACCUCGACUAGUCUUAGUGAAACAUCAGAAAAUGCAGUUGUUACGUCUUCAGCAUCACCCAGUUCUUCUGCUGGAACAGAUGCAGGAACAACACUGGGAACCUCAACUAGUCUUAGUGAAACAUCAGAAACUGCAGUUGUUAUGUCUUCAGAAUCACCCAGUUCUUCUGCUGGAACAGAUGCAGGAACAACACUGGGAACCUCAACUAGUCUUAGUGAAACAUCAGAAUCUCCCACUGUCACAUCUUCAACAUCACCAAGUUCGUCUACUGGAACAGACGCAGAAACAACACUGGGAACCUCAACUAGUCUUAGUGAAACAUCAGAAUCUCCCACUGUCACAUCUUCAACAUCACCAAGUUCGUCUGCUGGAACAGAUGCAGAAACAACACUGGGAACCUCAACUAGUCUUAGUGAAACAUCAGAAACUGCAGUUGUUACAUCUUCAACAUCACCAAGUUCGUCUACUGGAACAGAGUCAGAAACAACACUGAGGACCUCAACAGGUCUUAGUGAAACAUCAGAAUCUCCCACUGUCACAUCUUCAACAUCACUAAGUUCGUCUACUGGAACAGAAGCAGAAACAACACUGGGAACCUCAACAGGUCUUAGUGAAACAUCAGAAUCUCCCGCUGUCACAUCUGCAACAUCACCAAGUUCGUCUACUGGAACAGAAGCAGAAACAACACUGGGAACCUCAACUAGUCUUAGUGAAACAUCAGAAUCCCCCGUUGUCACAUCUUCAACAUCACCAAGUUCGUCUACUGGAACAGAAGCAGAAACAACACUGGGAACCUCAACUAGUCUUAGUGAAACAUCAGAAACUGCAGUUGUCACGUCUUCAGCAUCACCCAGUUCGUCUGCUGGAACAGAAGCAGAAACAACACUGGGAACCUCAACAGGUCUUAGUGAAACAUCAGAAACUGCGAUUGUUACGUCUUCAGCAUCACCCAGUUCUUCUGCUGGAACAGAUGCAGAAACAACACUGGGAACCUCAACUAGUCUUAGUGAAACAUCAGAAACUGCAGUUCUUACGUCUUCAGCAUCACCCAGUUCUUCUGCUGGAACAGAUGCAGGAACAACACUGGGAACCUCAACUAGUCUUAGUGAAACAUCAGAAACUGCAGUUGUCACGUCUUCAGCAUCACCCAGUUCGUCUGCUGGAACAGAUGCAGGAACAACACUGGGAACCUCAACUAGUCUUAGUGAAACAUCAGAAACUGCAGUUGUUACGUCUUCAGCAUCACCAAGUUCUUCUGCUGGAACAGAUGCAGGAACAACACUGGGAACCUCAACUAGUCUUAGUGAAACAUCAGAAACUGCAGUUGUCACGUCUUCAGCAUCACCCAGUUCGUCUGCUGGAACAGAUGCAGGAACAACACUGGGAACCUCAACUAGUCUUAGUGAAACAUCAGAAACUGCGAUUGUUACGUCUUCAGCAUCACCCAGUUCUUCUGCUGGAACAGAUGCAGGAACAACACUGGGAACCUCAACUAGUCUUAGUGAAACAUCAGAAAAUGCAGUUGUUACGUCUUCAGCAUCACCCAGUUCUUCUGCUGGAACAGAUGCAGGAACAACACUGGGAACCUCAACUAGUCUUAGUGAAACAUCAGAAUCUCCCGCUGUCACAUCUUCAACAUCACCAAGUUUGUCCACUGGAACAGAAGCAGAAACAACACUGGGAACCUCAACUAGUCUUAGUGAAACAUCAGAAUCCCCCGCUGUCACAUCUUCAACAUCACCAAGUUCGUCUACUGGAACAGAAGCAGAAACAACACUGGGAACCUCAACAGGUCUUAGUGAAACAUCAGAAUCUCCCGCGGUCACAUCUUCAACAUCACCAAGUUCGUCUACUGGAACAGAAGCAGAAACAACGCUGGGAACCUCAACUAGUCUUAGUGAAACAUCAGAAUCCCCCGUUGUCACAUCUUCAACAUCACCAAGUUCGUCUACUGGAACAGAUGCAGAAACAACACUGGGAACCUCAACUAGUCUUAGUGAAACAUCAGAAACUGCAGUUGUUACAUCUUCAACAUCACCAAGUUCUUCUGCUGGAACAGAUGCAGGAACAACACUGGGAACCUCAACAAGUCUUAGUGAAACAUCAGAAAAUGCAGUUGUUACAUUGAUAGCAUCACCAAGUUCUUCUGCUGUAGGAACUGCAGAAACAACACUGGAAUUUUCAACUGAUAGUCAGACAUUUCCUGGAUCAACUUCAGAUUCCUCUACAACCGUAGGCCAAGCUCUUACACUGAAAAUUAGCUUCAUCACUGCAGAGACAUUCAAUGCUGACUUAUUAAACACAACUUCACUUGCUUACACUGAACGUGCAAAUCGUAUCACAGAUGAGUUUGGGACAGUUUUUAAAAACAAAUACACAAACUUCAUUAAUCUGAAAGUAACUGGUUUCAGGCCUGGGUCAACCAUCUCAGACAUCAGUGUAACACUGAGUGGAAAUCUACCUGAUAUUUCUUCAAUCAAUGAGACUAUGCUCAGUGCAAAUACAAGCUUUAAUAUUACAGGCCUCAGUGUAAAUGGAGAUUCAUAUGAACCACCAACAACAACUACAAAACAGAUUUCAACAACUGCAGCUACAACAGAAAUGACAACAGAAGUUCCAGCAAGCACAGACAGUACCACAGUUGCUUCUUUGGAAACAGCAAGUACUGCUACCCUGUUGACCACAGAGAGUACACUGCAAACGUCAACAGAUGUCACAUCUGAAACAGGAUCAACCACAGCUAUCACACUGCAGACAUCAACAGUUGUUACGUCAGAACCACCAUCAACUUCUCCUCCAGGAUCAACUCCAGCAACCACACUGCAGACAUCAACAGGUGUUACAUCAGAACCACCAUCAACUUCUCCUCCAGAACCAAGUACAACUAUCACACUGCAGACAUCAACAGCUGUUACAUCAGAACCACCAUCUAGUUCUCCUUCAGAACCAAGUACAACUAUCACACUGCAGACAUCAACAGGUGUUACAACAGAACCACCAUCAACUUCUCCUUCAGGAUCAACUCCAGCAACCACACUGCAGACAUCAACAGGUGUUACAUCAGAACCAACAUCAACUUCUCCUUCAGAACCAAGUACAACUAUCACACUGCAGACAUCAACAGCUGUUACAUCAGAACCACCAUCUAGUUCUCCUUCAGAACCAACUACAACUAUCACACUGCAGACAUCAACAGGUGUUACAUCAGAACCACCAUCUAGUUCUCCUUCAGAACCAACUACAACUAUCACACUGCAGACAUCAACAGCUGUUACAUCAGAACCACCAUCAACUUCUCCUUCAGGAUCAACUCCAGCUACCACACUGCAGACAUCAACAGGUGUUACAUCAGAACCACCAUCUAGUUCUCCUUCAGUACCAACUACAACUGUCACACUGCAGACAUCAACAGCUGUUACAUCAGAACCACCAUCAACUUCUCCUUCAGAACCAAGUACAACAAUCACACUGCAGACAUCAACAGCUGUUACAUCAGAACCACCAUCAACUUCUCCUCCAGAACCAAGUACAACUAUCACACUGCAGACAUCAACAGCUGUUACAUCAGAACCACCAUCAACUUCUCCUUCAGGAUCAACUCCAGCAACCACACUGCAGACAUCAACAGCUGUUACAUCAGAACCAACAUCAACUUCUCCUUCAGAACCAAGUACAACUAUCACACUGCAGACAUCAACAGCUGUUACAUCAGAACCACCAUCUAGUUCUCCUUCAGAACCAACUACAACUAUCACACUGCAGACAUCAACAGCUGUUACAUCAGAACCACCAUCAACUUCUCCUUCAGGAUCAACUCCAGCUACCACACUGCAGAUAUCAACAGGUGUUACAUCAGAACCACCAUCUAGUUCUCCUCCAGAACCAAGUACAACUAUCACACUGCAGACAUCAACAGCUGUUACAUCAGAACCACCAUCAACUUCUCCUUCAGGAUCAACUCCAGCUACCACACUGCAGACAUCAACAGGUGUUACGUCAGAACCACCAUCUAGUUCUCCUUCAGUACCAACUACAACUAUAACACUGCAGACAUCAACAGCUGUUACAUCAGAACCACCAUCACCUUCUCCUCCAGGAUCAACUCCAGCAACCACACUGCAGACAUCAACAGGUGUUACAUCAGAACCACCAUCAACUUCUCCUCCAGAACCAAGUACAACUAUCACACUGCAGACAUCAACAGCUGUUACAUCAGAACCACCAUCAACUUCUACUUCAGGAUCAACUCCAGCUACCACACUGCAGACAUCAACAGGUGUUACAUCAGAACCACCAUCUAGUUCUCCUUCAGUACCAACUACAACUGUCACACUGCAGACAUCAACAGCUGUUACAUCAGAACCACCAUCACCUUCUCCUCCAGGAUCAACUCCAGCAACCACACUGCAGACAUCAACAGGUGUUACAUCAGAACCACCAUCAACUUCUCCUUCAGAACCAAGUACAACUAUCACACUGCAGACAUCAACAGCUGUUACAUCAGAACCACCAUCAACUUCUCCUCCAGAACCAAGUACAACUAUCACACUGCAGACAUCAACAGCUGUUACAUCAGAACCACCAUCAACUUCUCCUUCAGGAUCAACUCCAGCAACCACACUGCAGACAUCAACAGGUGUUACAUCAGAACCAACAUCAACUUCUCCUUCAGAACCAAGUACAACUAUCACACUGCAGACAUCAACAGCUGUUACAUCAGAACCACCAUCAACUUCUCCUCCAGAACCAAGUACAACUAUCACACUGCAGACAUCAACAGCUGUUACAUCAGAACCACCAUCUAGUUCUCCUUUAGAACCAACUACAGCUACCACAGUGCAGAUAUCAACAGCUGUUACAUCAGAACCACCAUCUAAUUCUACUUCAGUAUCAAGUACGGCUACCACACUAGAAAAAUCAACAGAUUCCUCUACAACCUUCGGCCCAGUUUUUACACUGCAAAUUACCUUCACCACUGCAGAGACAUUCAAUGCUGACUUAUUAAACACAACUUCAUCUGCCUACACUGAACGUGCAAAUCGUAUCACCAAUAAGUUUGGGACAGUUUUUCAAACCACAUACCCGAACUUCAAUAAUCUGAAAGUAACUGGUUUCAGAUCUGGGUCAACCAUCUCAGAGUUUAAUGCAUCAUUCAGUGAAACUCUACCUGAUAUUUCUUCAGUCAAUGCCAUUAUGCUCAGUGCAAAUACAAGCUUUAAUAUUACAAGCCUCAGUGUAAAUGGAGUUUCAUUUGAACCACCAACGACAACUACAACACAGACUUCAACAACUGCAGCUACAACUGAAAUGACAACAGAAGUUCCAGCAAGCACAGACAGAACCAUAGUUGCUACUUUGGAAACAGCAACAAGUACUGCGACACUGCUGACUUCAGGGAGUACACUGCAAACGUCAACAGAUGUCACAUCUGAAACAGGAUCAACCACAGCUAUCACACUGAAGACAUCAACAGCUGUUACAUCAGAACCACCAUCAACUUCUCCUUCAGGAUCAACUCCAGCUACCACCCUGCAGACAACAGGUGUUACAUCAGAACCACCAUCUAGUUCUCCUUCAGUACCAACUACAACUGUCACACUGCAGACAUCAACAGCUGUUACAUCAGAACCACCAUCACCUUCUCCUCCAGGAUCAACUCCAGCUACCACACUGCAGACAUCAACAGGUGUUACAUCAGAACCACCAUCUAGUUCUCCUUCAGAACCAAGUACAACUAUCACACUGCAGACAUCAACAGCUGUUACAUCAGAACCACCAUCAACUUCUCCUCCAGAACCAAGUACAACUAUCACACUGCAGACAUCAACAGCUGUUACAUCAGAACCACCAUCAACUUCUCCUUCAGGAUCAACUCCAGCUACCACACUGCAGACAUCAACAGGUGUUACAUCAGAACCACCAUCUAGUUCUCCUUCAGUACCAACUACAACUGUCACACUGCAGACAUCAACAGCUGUUACAUCAGAACCACCAUCACCUUCUCCUCCAGGAUCAACUCCAGCAACCACACUGCAGACAUCAACAGGUGUUACAUCAGAACCACCAUCAACUUCUCCUUCAGAACCAAGUACAACUAUCACACUGCAGACAUCAACAGCUGUUACAUCAGAACCACCAUCAACUUCUCCUUCAGGAUCAACUCCAGCUACCACCCUGCAGACAACAGGUGUUACAUCAGAACCACCAUCAACUUCUCCUUCAGUACCAACUACAACUGUCACACUGCAGACAUCAACAGCUGUUACAUCAGAACCACCAUCACCUUCUCCUCCAGGAUCAACUCCAGCUACCACACUGCAGACAUCAACAGCUGUUACAUCAGAACCACCAUCUAGUUCUCCUUCAGAACCAACUACAACUAUCACACUGCAGACAUCAACAGCUGUUACAUCAGAACCACCAUCAACUUCUCCUUCAGGAUCAACUCCAGCUACCAUACUGCAGACAUCAAGAGGUGUUACAUCAGAACCACCAUCAACUUCUCCUCCAGGAUCAACUCCAGCAACCACACUGCAGACAUCAACAGCUGUUACAUCAGAACCACCAUCAACUUCUCCUUCAGGAUCAACUCCAGCAACCACACUGCAGACAUCAACAGGUGUUACAUCAGAACCACCAUCAACUUCUCCUUCAGGAUCAACUCCAGCAACCACACUGCAGACAUCAACAGGUGUUACAUCAGAACCACCAUCAACUUCUCCUUCAGAACCAAGUACAACUAUCACACUGCAGACAUCAACAGCUGUUACAUCAGAACCACCAUCAACUUCUCCUUCAGGAUCAACUCCAGCAACCACACUGCAGACAUCAACAGGUGUUACAUCAGAACCACCAUCAACUUCUCCUUCAGAACCAAGUACAACUAUCACACUGCAGACAUCAACAGCUGUUACAUCAGAACCACCAUCAACUUCUCCUUCAGGAUCAACUCCAGCUACCACAGUGCAGACAUCAGCAGGUGUCACAUCAGAACCACCAUCAACUUCUCCUUCAGUACCAACUGCAACUAUCACACUGCAGACAUCAACAGGUGUGACAUCAGAACCACCAUUAACUUCUAGUUCAGUACCAACUACAGCUACCACACUGCAGACAUCAACAGGUGCUACAUCAGAACCACCAUCUAAUUCUACUUCAGGAUCAACUACGGCUACCACACUAGAAAAAUCAACAGAUUCCUCUACAACCUUCGGCCCAGUUUUUACACUGCAAAUUACCUUCACCACUGCAGAGACAUUCAAUGCUGACUUAUUAAACACAACUUCAUCUGCCUACACUGAACGUGCAAAUCGUAUCACCAAUAAGUUUGGGACAGUUUUUCAAACCACAUACCCGAACUUCAAUAAUCUGAAAGUAACUGGUUUCAGAUCUGGGUCAACCAUCUCAGAGUUUAAUGCAUCAUUCAGUGAAACUCUACCUGAUAUUUCUUCAGUCAAUGACGUUAUGCUCAGUGCAAAUACAAGCUUUAAUAUUACAAGCCUCAGUGUAAAUGGAGUUUCAUUUGAACCACCAACGACAACUACAACACAGACUUCAACAACUGCAGCUACAACAGAAAUGACAACAGAAGUUCCAGCAAGCACAGACAGAACCAUAGUUGCUACUUUGGAAACAGCAACAAGUACUGCGACACUGCUGACUUCAGGGAGUACACUGCAAACGUCAACAGAUGUCACAUCUGAAACAGGAUCAACCACAGCUAUCACACUGAAGACAUCAACAGCUGUUACAUCAGAACCACCAUCAACUUCUCCUUCAGGAUCAACUCCAGCUACCACCCUGCAGACAACAGGUGUUACAUCAGAACCACCAUCUAGUUCUCCUUCAGUACCAACUACAACUAUCACACUGCAGACAUCAACAGGUGUUACAUCAGAACCACCAUCUAGUUCUCCUUCAGUACCAACUACAACUAUCACACUGCAGACAUCAACAGGUGUUACAUCAGAACCACCAUCAACUUCUUCUUCAGAACCAAGUACAACUAUCACACUGCAGACAUCAACAGCUGUUACAUCAGAACCACCAUCACCUUCUCCUCCAGGAUCAACUCCAGCAACCACACUGCAGACAUCAACAGGUGUUACAUCAGAACCACCAUCUAGUUCUCCUUCAGUACCAACUACAACUGUCACACUGCAGACAUCAACAGCUGUUACAUCAGAACCACCAUCACCUUCUCCUCCAGGAUCAACUCCAGCAACCACACUGCAGACAUCAACAGGUGUUACAUCAGAACCACCAUUAACGUCUCCUUCAGAACCAAGUACAACUAUCACACUGCAGACAUCAACAGCUGUUACAUCAGAACCACCAUCAACUUCUCCUUCAGGAUCAACUCCAGCAACCACACUGCAGACAUCAACAGGUGUUACAUCAGAACCACCAUCAACUUCUCCUUCAGAACCAAGUACAACUAUCACACUGCAGACAUCAACAGCUGUUACAUCAGAACCACCAUCAACUUCUCCUUCAGGAUCAACUCCAGCAACCACACUGCAGACAUCAACAGGUGUUACAUCAGAACCACCAUCAACUUCUCCUCCAGAACCAAGUACAACUAUCACACUGCAGACAUCAACAGCUGUUACAUCAGAACCACCAUCUAGUUCUCCUUCAGAACCAACUACAACUAUCACACUGCAGACAUCAACAGCUGUUACAUCAGAACCACCAUCUAGUUCUCCUUCAGGAUCAACUCCAGCUACCACACUGCAGACAUCAACAGGUGUUACAUCAGAACCACCAUCACCUUCUCCUCCAGGAUCAACUCCAGCAACCACACUGCAGACAUCAACAGGUGUUACAUCAGAACCACCAUCAACUUCUCCUUCAGAACCAAGUACAACUAUCACACUGCAGACAUCAACAGCUGUUACAUCAGAACCACCAUCAACUUCUCCUUCAGGAUCAACUCCAGCAACCACACUGCAGACAUCAACAGGUGUUACAUCAGAACCACCAUCAACUUCUCCUUCAGAACCAAGUACAACUAUCACACUGCAGACAUCAACAGCUGUUACAUCAGAACCACCAUCAACUUCUCCUUCAGGAUCAACUCCAGCAACCACACUGCAGACAUCAACAGGUGUUACAUCAGAACCACCAUCAACUUCUCCUCCAGAACCAAGUACAACUAUCACACUGCAGACAUCAACAGCUGUUACAUCAGAACCACCAUCUAGUUCUCCUUCAGAACCAACUACAACUAUCACACUGCAGACAUCAACAGCUGUUACAUCAGAACCACCAUCUAGUUCUCCUUCAGGAUCAACUCCAGCUACCACACUGCAGACAUCAACAGGUGUUACAUCAGAACCACCAUCACCUUCUCCUCCAGGAUCAACUCCAGCAACCACACUGCAGACAUCAACAGGUGUUACAUCAGAACCACCAUCAACUUCUCCUUCAGAACCAAGUACAACUAUCACACUGCAGACAUCAACAGCUGUUACAUCAGAACCACCAUCAACUUCUCCUUCAGGAUCAACUCCAGCAACCACACUGCAGACAUCAACAGGUGUUACAUCAGAACCACCAUCAACUUCUCCUUCAGAACCAAGUACAACUAUCACACUGCAGACAUCAACAGCUGUUACAUCAGAACCACCAUCAACUUCUCCUUCAGGAUCAACUCCAGCAACCACACUGCAGACAUCAACAGGUGUUACAUCAGAACCACCAUCAACUUCUCCUUCAGAACCAAGUACAACUAUCACACUGCAGACAUCAACAGCUGUUACAUCAGAACCACCAUCAACUUCUCCUUCAGGAUCAACUCCAGCUACCACAGUGCAGACAUCAGCAGGUGUCACAUCAGAACCACCAUCAACUUCUCCUUCAGAACCAAGUACAACUAUCACACUGCAGACAUCAACAGCUGUUACAUCAGAACCACCAUCAACUUCUCCUUCAGGAUCAACUCCAGCUACCACAGUGCAGACAUCAGCAGGUGUCACAUCAGAACCACCAUCAACUUCUCCUUCAGUACCAACUGCAACUAUCACACUGCAGACAUCAACAGGUGUGACAUCAGAACCACCAUUAACUUCUAGUUCAGUACCAACUACAGCUACCACACUGCAGACAUCAACAGGUGUUACAUCAGAACCACCAUCUAAUUCUACUUCAGGAUCAACUACGGCUACCACACUAGAAAAAUCAACAGAUUCCUCUACAACCUUCAGCCCAGUUUUUACACUGCAAAUUACCUUCACCACUGCAGAGACAUUCAAUGCUGACUUAUUAAACACAACUUCAUCUGCCUACACUGAACGUGCAAAUCGUAUCACCAAUAAGUUUGGGACAGUUUUUCAAACCACAUACCCGAACUUCAAUAAUCUGAAAGUAACUGGUUUCAGAUCUGGGUCAACCAUCUCAGAGUUUAAUGCAUCAUUCAGUGAAAAUCUACCUGAUAUUUCUUCAGUCAAUGAGAUUAUGUUCAGUGCAAAUACAAGCUUUGAAAUUACAGGCCUCAGUGUAAAUGGAGUUUCAUUUGAACCACCAACGACAACUACAACACAGACUUCAACAACUGCAGCUACAACAGAAAUGACAACAGAAGUUCCAGCAAGCACAGACAGAACCAUAGUUGCUACUUUGGAAACAGCAACAAGUACUGCGACACUGCUGACUUCAGGGAGAACACUGCAAACGUCAACAGAUGUCACAUCUGAAACAGGAUCAACUACAGCUAUCACACUGAAGACGUCAACAGCUGUUACAUCAGAACCACCAUCAACUUCUCCUUCAGGAUCAACUCCAGCUACCACACUGCAGACAUCAACAGGUGUUACAUCAGAACCACCAUCAACUUCUCCUUCAGAACAAAGUACAACUAUCACACUGCAGACAUCAACAGCUGUUACAUCAGAACCACCAUCAACUUCUCGUUCAGGAUCAACUCCAGCUACCUCACCGCAGACAUCAACAGGUGUCACAUCAGAACCACCAUCUAGUUCUCCUUCAGUACCAGCUACAACUAUCACACUGCAGACAUCAACAGCUGUUACAUCAGAAUCACCAUCAACUUCUCCUUCAGGGUCAACUCCAGCUAUCACACUGCAGACAUCAACAGCUGCUACAUCAGAACCACUGUCUAGUUCUCCUUCAGUACCAAGUCCAGCUGUCACACAGCAGACAUCAACAGGUGUUACAUCAGAACCACCAUCAACUUCUCCUUCAGUAUCAACUACAACUAUCACACUACAGACAUCAACAGGUGUUACAUCAGAAUCACUUUCAACUUCUCCUUCCGGGCCAACUCCAGCUACCACACUGCAGACAUCAACAGGUGUUACAUCAGAACCACCAUCUAGUUCUCCUUCAGUACCAGCUACAACUAUCACACUGCAGACAUCAACAGGUGUUACUUCAGAAUCACCAUCAGCUUCUCCUUCAGGAUCAUCUCCAGCUACCACACUGCAGACAUCAACUGGUGGUACAUCAGAAUCACUUUCAACUUCUCCUUCCGGAUCAACUCCAGCUACCACACUGCAGACAUCAACAGGUGGUACAUCAGAAUCACUUUCAACUUCUCCUUCCGGAUCAACUCCAGCUACCACACUGCAGACAUCAACAGGUGUUACAUCAGAACCACCAUCUAGUUCUCCUUCAGUACCAGCUACAACUAUCACACUGCAGACAUCAACAGGUGUUACAUCAGAACCACCAUCUAGUUCUCCUUUAGUAUCAACUACAGGUACCACACUACAGACAUCAACAGGUGUCACAUCAGAACCAACAUCUAGUUCUCCUUCAGUAUCAACUACAACUAUCACACAGCAGACAUCAACAGCUGCUACAUCAGAACCACCAUCAACUUCUCCUUCAGUACCAACUACAGCUACCACACUGCAGACAUCAGCAGGUGUCACAUCAGAACCGCCAUCAACUUCUCCUUCAGUACCAACUACAACUAUCACACUGCAGACAUCAACAGCUGUCACAUCAGAACCACCAUCAACUUCUCCUUCAGUACCAGCUACAACUAUCACACUGCAGACAUCAACAGCUGUUACAUCAGAAUCACCAUCAACUUCUCCUUCAGGAUCAACUCCAGCUAUCACACUGCAGACAUCAACAGCUGCUACAUCAGAACCACUGUCUAGUUCUCCUUCAGUACCAAGUCCAGCUGUCACACAGCAGACAUCAACAGGUGUUACAUCAGAACCACCAUCAACUUCUCCUUCAGUAUCAACUACAACUAUCACACUACAGACAUCAACAGGUGUUACAUCAGAAUCACUUUCAACUUCUCCUUCCGGGCCAACUCCAGCUACCACACUGCAGACAUCAACAGGUGUUACAUCAGAACCACCAUCUAGUUCUCCUUCAGUACCAGCUACAACUAUCACACUGCAGACAUCAACAGGUGUUACUUCAGAAUCACCAUCAGCUUCUCCUUCAGGAUCAUCUCCAGCUACCACACUGCAGACAUCAACUGGUGGUACAUCAGAAUCACUUUCAACUUCUCCUUCCGGAUCAACUCCAGCUACCACACUGCAGACAUCAACAGGUGGUACAUCAGAAUCACUUUCAACUUCUCCUUCCGGAUCAACUCCAGCUACCACACUGCAGACAUCAACAGGUGUUACAGCAGAACCACCAUCUAGUUCUCCUUCAGUACCAGCUACAACUAUCACACUGCAGACAUCAACAGGUGUUACAUCAGAACCACCAUCUAGUUCUCCUUUAGUAUCAACUACAGGUACCACACUACAGACAUCAACAGGUGUCACAUCAGAACCAUCAUCUAGUUCUCCUUCAGUAUCAACUACAACUAUCACACAGCAGACAUCAACAGCUGCUACAUCAGAACCACCAUCAACUUCUCCUUCAGUACCAACUACAGCUACCACACUGCAGACAUCAACAGGUGUUACAUCAGAACCACCGUCAACUUCUCCUUCAGUACCAACUACAGCUACCACACUGCAGACAUCAGCAGGUGUCACAUCAGAACCGCCAUCAACUUCUCCUUCAGUACCAACUACAACUAUCACACUGCAGACAUCAACAGCUGUCACAUCAGAACCACCAUCAACUUCUCCUUCAGAACCAAGUACAACUAUCACACUGCAGACAUCAACAGCUGUCACAUCAGAACCACCAUCAACUUCUCCUUCAGAACCAAGUACAACUAUCACACUGCAGACAUCAACAGCUGUCACAUCAGAACCACCAUCAACUUCUCCUUCAGAACCAAGUACAACUAUCACACUGCCGACAUCAACAGCUGUCACAUCAGAACCACCAUCAACUUCUCCUUCAGGAUCAACUCCAGCUACCACACUGCAGACAUCAACAGGUGUUACAUCAGAACCACCAUCUAGUUCUCCUUUAGUAUCAACUACAGGUACCACACUGCAGACAUCAACAGGUGUUACAUCAGAAUCACCAUCACCUUCUCCUUCAGGAUCAACUCCAGCUACCACACUGCAGACAUCAACUGGUGGUACAUCAGAAUCACUUUCAACUUCUCCUUCCGGAUCAACUUCAGCUACCACACUGCAGACAUCAACAGGUGUUACAUCAGAACCACCAUCUAGUUCUCCUUUAGUAUCAACUACAGGUACCACACUGCAGACAUCAACAGGUGGUACAUCAGAAUCACUUUCAACUUCUCCUUCAGGAUCAACUACAGCUACCACACUGCAGACAUCAACAGGUGUUACAUCAGAACCACCAUCUAGUUCUCCUUUAGUAUCAACUACAGGUACCACACUGCAGACAUCAACAGGUGGUACAUCAGAAUCACUUUCAACUUCUCCUUCAGGAUCAACUACAGCUAUCACACUGCAGACAUCAACAGCUGUUACAUCAGAACCACCAUCUAAUUCUACUUCAGGAUCAACUACGGCUACCACACUAGAAAAAUCAACAGAUUCCUCUACAACCUUCAGCCCAGUUUUUACACUGCAAAUUACCUUCACCACUGCAGAGACAUUCAAUGCUGACUUAUUAAACACAACUUCAUCUGCCUACACUGAACGUGCAAAUCGUAUCACCAAUAAGUUUGGGACAGUUUUUCAAACCAAAUACCCGAACUUCAUUAAUCUGAAAGUAACUGGUUUCAGAUCUGGGUCAACCAUCUCAGAGUUUAAUGCAUCAUUCAGUGAAAGUCGACCUGAUAUUUCUUCAAUCAGUGAGAUUAUGUUCAGUGCAAAUGCAAACUUUGAAAUUACAAGCCUCAGUGUAAAUGGAGUUUCAUUUGAACCACCACCAACAACUACAACACAGACUUCAACAACUGCAGCUACAACAGAAAUGACAACAGAAGUUCCAGCAAGCACAGACAGUACCACAGUUUCCACUUUGGAAACAGCAACAAGUACUGCUACCCUGUUGACCACAGAGAGUACACUGCAAACAUCAACAGAUGUCACAUCUGAAACAGGAUCAACAACAGCUAUCAUACUGCAGACAUCAACAGCUCUUACAUCAGAACCACCAUCAACUUCUCCUCCAGAACCAAGUACAACUAUCACACUGCAGACAUCAACAGCUCUUACAUCAGAACCACCAUCAACUUCUCCUCCAGAACCAAGUACAACUGUCACACUGCAGACAUCAACAGCUGUUACAUCAGAACCACCAUCAACUUCUCCUCCAGGAUCAACUCCAGCAACCACACUGCAGACAUCAACAGGUGUUACAUCAGAACCACCAUCAACUUCUCCUUCAGUAGCAACUACACCUACCACACUGCAGACAUCAACAGCUGUUACAUCAGAACCACCAUCUAGUUCUCCUUCUGGAUCAACUCCACCUACCACACUGCAGACAUCAACAGGUGUUACAUCAGAACCACCAUCUAGUUCUCCUUCAGUACCAACUACAACUAUGACACUGCAGACAUCAACAGGUGUUACAUCAGAACCACCAUCAACUUCUCCUUCAGAACCAACUACACCUACCCCACUACAGACAUCAACAGCUGUUACAUCAGAACCACCAUCAACUUCUCCUUCAGUACCAACUACAACUAUCACACUGCAGACAUCAACAGGUGUUACAUCAGAACCACCAUCAACUUCUCCUUCAGGAUCAGUCACAGCUAUCACAUUGCAAACAUCAACAGGUGUCACAUCAGAACCACCGUCUAGUUCUCCUUCAGUACCAACUACACCUAUCACACUGCAGACAUCAACAGCUGUUACUUCAGAACCACCAUCAACUUCUCCUUCAGGAUCAACUUCAGCUACCACUCUGCAGACAUCAACAGCUAUUACAUCAGAACCACCAUCUACUUCUCCUUCAGUACCAACUACAACUCUCACACUGCAAACGUCAACAGGUGUCACAUCAGAACCACCAUCUAGUUCUCCUUCUGGAUCAACUCCAGCAACUACACUGCAGACAUCAACAGCUCUUACAUCAGAACCACCAUCAACUUCUCCUCCAGAACCAAGUACAACUAUCACACUGCAGACAUCAACAGCUGUUACAUCAGAACCACCAUCAACUUCUCCUCCAGGAUCAACUCCAGCAACCAAACUGCAGACAUCAACAGGUGUUACAUCAGAACCACCAUCUAGUUCUCCCCCAGUACCAACUACAACUAUCACUCUGCAAACAUCUACCAGUGUUACAUCAGAACCACCAUCAUCUUCUCCUCCAGGAUCAACUCCAGCAACCACACUGCAGACAUCAACAGCUGUUACAACAGAGCCACCAUCAACUUCUUCUUCAGAACCAAGUACAACUAUCACACUGCAGACCUCAACAGCUGUUACAUCAGAACCACCAUCAACUUCUCCUUCAGGAUCAACUCCAGCUACCACACUGCAGACAUCAAUAGGUGUUACAUCAGAACCACCAUCAACUUCUCCUUCAGGAUCAGUCACAGCUAUCACACUGCAAACAUCAACAGGUGUCACAUCAGAACUACCGUCUAGUUCUCCUUCAGUACCAACUACACCUAUCACACUGCAGACAUCAACAGCUGUUACAUCAGAACCACCAUCAACUUCUCCUUCAGGAUCAACUCCAGCUACCACACUGCAGACAUCAACAGCUGUUACAUCAGAACCACCAUCUAGUUCUCCUUCAGUACCAACUACACCUAUCCCACUGCAGACAUCAACAGCUGUUACUUCAGAACCACCAUCAACUUCUCCUUCAGGAUCAACUCCAGCUACCACACUGCAGACAUCAACAGGUGUCACAUCAGAACCACCAUCUAGUUCUCCUUCAGUACCAACUCCAGCUACCACACUGCAGACAUCAACAGGUGUUCCAUCAGAACCACCAUCAACUUCUCCUUCAGGAUCAACUCCAGUUACCACACUGCAGACAUCAACAGGUGUUAUAUCAGAACCACCAUCUAGUUCUCCUUCAGUACCAACUACACCUAUCCCACUGCAGACAUCAACAGUUGUUACUUCAGAACCACCAUCAACUUCUCCUUCAGUACCAACUACAACUAUCACACUGCAGACAUCAACAGCUGUUACAUCAGAACCACCAUCUAGUUCUCCUUCAGUACCAACUACACCUAUCCCACUGCAGACAUCAACAGUUGUUACUUCAGAACCACCAUCAACUUCUCCUUCAGGAUCAACUCCAGCUACCACACUGCAGACAUCAACAGCUGUUACAUCAGAACCACCAUCUAGUUCUCCUUCAGUACCAACUACACCUAUCCCACUGCAGACAUCAACAGCUGUUACUUCAGAACCACCAUCAACUUCUCCUUCAGGAUCAACUCCAGCUACCAUACUGCAGACAUCAACAGCUGUUACAUCAGAACCACCAUCUAGUUCUCCUUCAGUACCAACUACACCUAUCCCACUGCAGACAUCAACAGCUGAUACUUCAGAACCACCGUCAACUUCUCCUUCAGGAUCAACUCCAGCUACCACACUGCAGACAUCAACAGGUGUCACAUCAGAACCACCAUCUAGUUCUCCUUCAGUACCAACUACAACUACCACACUGCAGACAUCAACAGGUGUUCCAUCAGAACCACCAUCAACUUCUCCUUCAGGAUCACCUCCAGCUACCACACUGCAGACAUCAACAGGUGUUACAUCAGAAUCACCAUCACCUUCUCCUUCAGGAUCAACUCCAGCUACCACACUGCAGACAUCAACAGGUGUCACAUCAGAACCACCAUCUAGUUCUCCUUCAGUACCAGCUACAACUAUCACACUUCAGACAUCAACAGGUGUUACAUCAGAAUCACCAUCACCUUCUCCUUCAGGAUCAACUCCAGCUACCACACUGCAGACAUCAACUGGUGGUACAUCAGAAUCAUUUUCAACUUCUCCUUCAGGAUCAACUCCAGCUACCACACUGCAGAUAUCAACAGGUGUCACAUCAGAACCACCAUCUAGUUCUCCUUCAGUACCAGCUACAACUAUCACACUGCAGACAUCAACAGGUGUUACAUCAGAAUCACCAUCACCUUCUCCUUCAGGAUCAACUCCAGCUAUCACACUCCAGACAUCAACUGGUGGUACAUCAGAAUCACUUUCAACUUCUCCUUCAGGAUCAACUCCAGCAACCACACUGCAGACAUCAACAGGUGUCACAUCAGAACCACCAUCUAGUUCUCCUUCAGUACUAGCUACAACUAUCACACUGCAGACAUCAACAGCUGUUACUUCAGAAUCACCAUCAACUUCUCCUUCAGGAUCAACUCCAGCUACCACACUGCAGACAUCAACAGCUGUUACAUCAGAACCACCAUCUAGUUCUCCUUCAGUACCAACUACACCUAUCCCACUGCAGACAUCAACAGCUGUUACUUCAGAACCACCAUCAACUUCUCCUUCAGGAUCAACUCCAGCUACCACACUGCAGACAUCAACAGCUGUUACAUCAGAACCACCAUCUAGUUCUCCUUCAGUACCAACUACACCUAUCCCACUGCAGACAUCAACAGCUGUUACUUCAGAACCACCAUCAACUUCUCCUUCAGUACCAACUCCAGCUACCACACUGCAGACAUCAACAGGUGUUCCAUCAGAACCAACAUCAACUUCUCCUUCAGGAUCAACUCCAGCUACCACACUGCAGACAUCAACAGGUGUUACAUUAGAAUCACCAUCCAGUUCUCCUUCAGUAGCAACUACACAUACCACACUGCAGACAUCAACAGCUGUUACAUCAGAACCACCAUCUAGUUCUCCUUCAGGAUCAACUCCAGCUACCACACUGCAGACAUCAGCAGGUGUUACAUCAGAACCACCAUCUAGUUCUCCCCCAUUACCAACUACAACUAUCACUCUGCAAACAUCAACCAGUGUUACAUCAGAAUCACCAUCACCUUCUCCUACAGGAUCAACUCCAGUUACCACACUGCAGACAUCAACAGGUGUUAUAUCAGAACCACCAUCAUCUUCUCCUUCAGUACCAACUACAACUAUCACACUGCAGACAUCAACAGCUGUUACAUCAGAACCACCAUCUAGUUCUCCUUCAGUACCAACUACACCUAUCUCACUGCAGACAUCAACAGUUGUUACUUCAGAACCACCAUCAACUUCUCCUUCAGGAUCAACUCCAGCUACCACACUGCAGACAUCAACAGCUGUUACAUCAGAACCACCAUCUAGUUCUCCUUCAGGAUCAACUCCAGCUACCACACUGCAGACAUCAACAGGUGUUACAUCAGAAUCACCAUCACCUUCUCCUUCAGGAUCAACUCCAGCUACCACACUGCAGACAUCAGCAGCUGUCACAUCAGAACCACCAUCUAGUUCUCCUUCAGUACCAGCUACAACUAUCACACUGCAGACAUCAACAGGUGUUACAUCAGAAUCACCAUCACCUUCUCCUUCAGGAUCAACUCCAGCUAUCACACUCCAGACAUCAACUGGUGGUACAUCAGAAUCACCAUCAACUUCUCCUUCAGGAUCAACUCCAGCUACCACACUGCAGACAUCAACAGCUGUUACAUCAGAACCACCAUCAACUUCUCCUUCAGUACCAACUACAACUAUCACACUGCAGACAUCAAUAGGUGUUACAUCAGAACCACCAUCAACUUCUCCUUCAGGAUCAACUCCAGCUACCACACUGCAGACAUCAACUGGUGGUACAUCAGAAUCACUUUCAACUUCUCCUUCAGGAUCAACUCCAGCUACCACACUGCAGACAUCAACAGGUGUCACAUCAGAACCACCAUCUAGUUCUCCUUCAGUACAAGCUACAACUAUCACACUGCAGACAUCAACAGGUGUCACAUCAGAACCACCAUCUAGUUCUCCUUCAGUACCAACUACAACUAUCACACUGCAGACAUCAAUAGGUGUUACAUCAGAACCACCAUCAACUUCUUCAGGAUCAACUUCAGCUACCACACUGCAGACAUCAACAGCUAUUACAUCAGAACCACCAUCUACUUCGCCUUCAGUACCAACUACACCUCUCACACUGCAAACGUCAACAGGUGUCACAUCAGAACCACCAUCUAGUUCUCCUUCAGUAGCAACUACACAUACCACACUGCAGACAUCAACAGGUGUUUCAUCAGAACCACCAUCUAGUUCUCCUUCAGGAUCAACUCCAGCUACCACACUGCAGACAUCAACUGGUGGUACAUCAGAAUCACUUUCAACUUCUCCUUCAGGAUCAACUCCAGCCACCACACUGCAGACAUCAACAGGUGUCACAUCAGAACCACCAUCUAGUUCUCCUUCAGUACCAGCUACAACUAUCACACUGCAGACAUCAACAGCUGUUACAUCAGAAUCACCAUCAACUUCUCCUCCAGGAUCAACUCCAGCUACCACACUGCAGACAUCAACAGGUGUCACAUCAGAACCACCAUCUAGUUCUCCUUCAGUACCAGCUACAACUAUCACACUGCAGACAUCAACAGCUGUUACAUCAGAAUCACCAUCAACUUCUCCUUCAGGAUCAACUCCAGCUACCACACUGCAGACAUCAACAGGUGUUACAUCAGAACCACCAUCUAGUUCUCCUUCAGUACCAGCUACAACUAUCACACUGCAGACAUCAACAGCUGUUACAUCAGAAUCACCAUCAACUUCUCCUUCAGGAUCAACUCCAGCUACCACACUGCAGACAUCAACAGCUAUUACAUCAGAACCACCAUCUACUUCGCCUUCAGUACCAACUACACCUCUCACACUGCAAACGUCAACAGGUGUCACAUCAGAACCACCAUCUAGUUCUCCUUCAGUAGCAACUACACAUACCACACUGCAGACAUCAACAGGUGUUUCAUCAGAACCACCAUCUAGUUCUCCUUCAGGAUCAACUCCAGCUACCACACUGCAGACAUCAACUGGUGGUACAUCAGAAUCACUUUCAACUUCUCCUUCAGGAUCAACUCCAGCCACCACACUGCAGACAUCAACAGGUGUCACAUCAGAACCACCAUCUAGUUCUCCUUCAGUACCAGCUACAACUAUCACACUGCAGACAUCAACAGCUGUUACAUCAGAAUCACCAUCAACUUCUCCUCCAGGAUCAACUCCAGCUACCACACUGCAGACAUCAACAGGUGUCACAUCAGAACCACCAUCUAGUUCUCCUUCAGUACCAGCUACAACUAUCACACUGCAGACAUCAACAGCUGUUACAUCAGAAUCACCAUCAACUUCUCCUUCAGGAUCAACUCCAGCUACCACACUGCAGACAUCAACAGGUGUUACAUCAGAACCACCAUCUAGUUCUCCUUCAGUACCAGCUACAACUAUCACACUGCAGACAUCAACAGCUGUUACAUCAGAAUCACCAUCAACUUCUCCUUCAGGAUCAACUCCAGCUACCACACUGCAGACAUCAACAGCUGUUACAUCAGAACAACCAUCUAGUUCUUCAAGACAAUCUACAGGCAUCACACAGAAAACAUCAACAGCUGUCACAUCACAAUCAAUGCCAACUUCUUCUUCCAAAUUAACUACAGAUGAAUCUACAACAAGAGCAGUUGACAUACGGUUCAUAAGCUUUACAACUGAUGAAACAUUUAAUUCUACCCUCUCAGACCCAUCUUCACCUGCCUUCACUGAACGAGCAAACCUUGUCAAAACAAAGCUUGAACCAAUCUUAAAGACACAUUUCAGCAACUUUAUUAACCUGACAGUGAUUCGUUUCAGAUCUGGAUCAAUCAUCACAGAUAUGAAUUUAUACUAUACAAAUUUGGGGGGUAUUCCCCUUGAUGAUGAUAUCAUUAUCAAAAUACGGACAGCAGAUACAGGUUUUAACAUGACAAACGUUUUUGUAACAAAUUUUGCUACUACGACUACUACUCCAACCACAUCUACAACUACAGCAAAAGUACCUACUACAAUUAGUAGAACAAGUACUAUUACUACCACCACCAGCAGCACAAAAACACCAACAAUGACCACUACAACACUACGACCAACAACCACAAUACCACGACCAAUACCAACAACACUCACCACAACUAUUAUCACCACCACAACACCACGACCAACAACCACCACCACAACAGCACGACCAACAACCACCACCACAACACCACGACCAACAACCACCACCACAACAGCACGACCAACAACCAUGACAACAACAGCAAUAGCAACAACAACAGUAGCACCAAAACGUCCACCACCAAUUGUUGAGAUGAAUAUUGGUCUCCAGCAUGCUUAUGUUCCAGCGUUAAGUGAUUCGAAGAGUAACGAAUUCAAACAAUUGGCUGCCAUAGUGGCUGCAGUGUUGGAUGAAAUCUAUAAAGUACUAUACGGCUCUCGGUUCAUCCGGACCAUUGUCAUAGCCUUCAAACCUCUGGCUAGACGUGCAGCUGAUAAUACACAAGCAGAUAUCCAGCUGGUAUUCAAUGAGAACUCCACAAAACCUGUCCCAGCCGGUGAAGAAGUAGUGGAGGUUCUGAAAGAUGUUGCAGAAAAUAACAAUACUUAUACCGUGCUAUUUGAUGCCGCCACAAUCACUCUCGUCAAUCAGCCAUACAAUGUCCCUGUGCAAUUCCGAACAAAUGGCACUUUUGUCGCAGCUCUCUCAAAUACUAGUUCUGAUUUAUUCACAAACAGAUCAGUCAUUAUUCAAAAAGGACUUAACCCAUUUUUCAUUGAAGACUUCUUGAAAACAUUCAACAUCUUAACCAUGUCAAACUUCAGCAAGGGAGGUCCUAGAGCAAACUCUGGUACAAUUCUGAACUUCAUGAACGUGGCUUUUGCCAAUGCUGGUGGACUUCCCAACAUCACCCAAAUUGGGCAAACUAUGCUAAGAGCAGCCAGAAAUAACAGCCUUCCCUUCACGAUCUUCACCGAUGACAUCAUAGUGAAUGGCACACUAAUAUCAUCAAGCGAUGUCAGCACCAAGAUCAGUAUGUUCAUGGCGUGCUUCAUGGUGGCUGUGUCACUUCUGUUCACAUGGUCCAGCUGAUGCUAGACCACGUGGUCCAUUCAGAAUGAGAACCUUCACCAGGUUUUAGACUCAUUUACUUUAAUGAUCCAUGCAAAUAUGUGUAGGUAUGUUUUCAUACAUACUGUAAAUUUGCAUGCUUAAUAUAUACAAUAAUUAUAUAUACACAAGUAUGCAUGUAUGAUAGGGUUUGGUUAGUACUCUUGCUUUAAUUAUUAUGAAUUUCUAUAUAAGUUGGUGAUAGGCAAUUCGUAAAUGAUGAAGGAAUUUUUGUUGUCAUAUGAAAACAAGCUAAAAUGACAAUAGCACUGUGGUGCAUUACAUUUUGUGUAUUAUUGUAGAUCUAGGUUACCAUUUUUUGUGCCUUAUGUGAACUAGAAUAAAUCUGAAAGAAAGCAUUAUAGGUUUUUGCAAAUUAUUAUGUCAUAAUUUAGACUGAAAAAUGUUUUGCUACUAAAUUAUAUUAAAUUAUUAUUUAGUCCAAAUUAUGCAGGGAUUAAAUAAAGGACAGAUGAAACUAGUGCCUAUAAAACGCAUAAUACCUACAAAGUGGUUUGACUAGUUUGAAUACCUGUUCAUCAUUGUUUACUUUAUUAUCUUAUUAACAUUGUUUACUUUAUUAUCUUAUGAUUAUUAUCUUAUUAACCUAUUAACUUUAUCUAUACUUGUGCACUUUACAAAUAUUAUUUUAAAUUAAAUCUGCGCUAAUGUACUCAGCACUAUAUGUUUAUUUAUUGCACUUGGUAUGUAGGUCUUUGAACUAUUUAUUUAUUGAGAUUUUAAUAUAUUCAACUAUGUAUAAACUAUAAAAUGGUUGCACUGACUGUAGCACUUUGUAUUUAUAAAUGCACAAGUUUCUAAUAAACUCAUGAGAAGCUGUA